GUAAACUUUAAGCAGUCGCAUGGCGCGCUUCUUCAACAAGGUUAGAUUAUGUCCGAUGUUCACCGGAUGAACGUCAGCGACUAUGCAAAUCCAAAAGAAGAAUUUCUUCAGGCGCUUAAUCGUGACUUUUCUUAGGACAACUAGAUCGGGGAAAGAUAUUUGAAGGAACGCCAAAUUUAAGAGGGUGACUCACGGUACUACAUUUCCCAGCGGCCCUUGCGGAGAGAACGCAUAAAACAGGAUAGGGUCGGACGGAAGUAGGGAAGGCGGAAGCAGCUGCGGUGGAGUGGUCCUGUUUGUACUCGAUAUUGAUAACAUCAUGCAGCCAGAUACAGACAAAACCAGGGUACGAGUUAGGAAACCGGACAUGGUUCUGUAUGUCCCAAGAGCAAGACGUGAGAUGGCAGUCUCAAAAAGUGGCACUUCCGUGGCCACCAAAUGCGGGAGGGAGAGUCACGGCUCCACCACAGAGAAGGAGAGUGUUAAAGCGUGUGAGGCAGGACAAAACCCUAAAACUAGGAAAGGGCUGCUUCAGAAUGAUCAGGAAAAUGCCAGGUCUCCUCAGAAAGAGAGAAGAUCUUUUCCCCAGGACUCAAGCCAUAUUGAUGCAUUCUGCCAAAGAAACCAAAGGACAAAGGCUCAGGAAGAGAAGAGUCCAAAGUUCCAUCAGAAGGCCACAUCACAACACUUGUUCCCUUCCUCCAGCUUCCCGGACCCAACUCUUACUGGAGUGAGCGAAACAGAGACAUAUGAGUGCUGUACUGUACAAUCUGCUGCCUCAGGGGAAAGAAUGGCAGAUUUCCAGCCAGAGAUUAGUAGCAUCAACAUCUCAUGGAAAAAUGAGUGUAUCUGCCCAUCAGAAAGGCAGGUCACCAGCAGGACCAAGAGGGCAGCAGUUGUGUCACAAGCAGUAGGACCAGGUCAAGGUGGUAGGCAGAAUUCCUUGGAACAUAAAAUGCUAAGCGAAGAUAGUAAAGGUGGUUCAGAAUUGACCGGAAUAAGUGAGAACAGUAUAUCUGGAACUGCAGACCAGAAGAUUCCAGAUAACAUAGAGACAUAUAAGGGUAGUUCAUCCAUCUGCACAGAGGAAGGAAACUCUGAUUCAGCACACACAAGUGAUUUGCUGGAGUACAUUGAUAAAAGCAAUCUGUUUCCUAAGGAGAUAACCAUGUAUAAUAGAUGCAAAUGUAUAGAACAAAGCAACUCUAGUCAAACAGCAAUGAGUAACAAUAGCAUCUUAGAAUGUAGUAGAGUUAAAGAUGCAAAGGAGAGUGUUCCUGCUUCAGCACAAGCAAGUGAGUAUGGCGACAAGAAUGAGAGCUGUAUCUCCCACUCUUCAGUUAACUCUGAUCAGGUUGGAGUGGCUGCUGAUAGUCGUGAGAACAUUUUAAUUCAGGUGGAGACACAUAACAUCUUGGAGAAUGCAGAGCAGCUUCCAGAUAAUUCAAACGUGUCUAUAGGUUUUAGUUGUUCAGACAGGACUUCUGAGAAGAUAGAUGAUCUACCCAAUUGUGUCUUUAAGAUAGCAGGUGAUGAAAAGUUACAGGCAGGUGAUAGUGAACACGAUAAGGACAAAAGCCUGUGUGAUGAGACAGGCCAGUAUAAAUUUGAUACAUUUGAGGCAAAGGCUGCACUGGCAACAGAGGAAAGCAUUUUGGACUUGGUUGACCAGAACCCUGAGAGCAGAAGUAGUGUGGAGCCAGUUUGUCCUUCCAAGGAGACUGCCAGCUGGUCUCCGAAGUCUGCCUCUGAGAAGAUGGCAUCUUGUCCUGUAAGCAUAUUGGAGAGAACAGGAACACCCUUAGAAGUGACAAAGCCAGGUUUCGGAGAACUAGGUACAAGCUUGCAGUAUCCCUCUGAAGGCAAAGGAGAAGAACCACCCACAAAUCGUGUGCCAUCUAGUUCGGAAGAGACCACUAACACCAGCACUGAUCCAGUAAGUCACAGCGAGGCUGACAACAUGGCAGAUGAGAGCUGGGAUGCCCUGUUUAAUGAUGAUGGGGAUUGCUUGGAUCCACAAUUACUGGAGCAGCUGUCUACCUGCACUCUCCGUGGCACAAGGCUACAGGAGCCGCAUUUUGAUUAUUACAACUAUUCUCCAGCUGAUCAGGACAUGAGUGACUCUGAGCUGCCACAUGUCAUUGAAAUCUAUGACUUCCCACCAGAAUUCCGCACUGAGGAUCUGCUGUGUGUCUUCUGCCAUUACCAGAAAAAAGGCUUUGACAUUAAAUGGAUAGAUGACACACAUGCUCUGGGUAUCUUCUCUAGUCCCAUCACAGCACAGGAUGCUCUCAAUACCAAACAUCUGAUGGUGAAAACCCGUCCCCUGUCACAGGCUACACGAGCUGCCAGGACCAAAGCCAGAGCUUAUGCAGAAUUCCUGCAACCUGCCAAAGAGCGUCCUGAGACCUCAGCUGCUCUGGCCAGGAGACUGGUGACAGGUGCCCUUGGUGUGCGAAGCAAGCAGAGCAAGGCCGAACGCGAAGCUGAACGCAAGCAGUUACAAGCAGCUCGAGAGCGGAAGCUCUUGGAGGCCAAGCAAAAGGAAGAUGCCUGGGAAGGUCGGGAGUGAGUCAGCAGCCAGUGCAAGAAGAGGGAAGUUGAUCAGGCCUGCUUGAAAACCUCAUGGAGUGGAACUGACAAAUGGCAGCUUGUGCUUACAGCAUUGAGGGACUCUACCAUCCCCUUUGGGGGAAGCAAUAAGAUAUGGGGAGUUGGGAGUGCAUUGGAGUAGCCAGACAUGCCAGGGUGAGUCAUGUGAACCCAAGCUACUGGGUUGGCUGGAAGGCUGUGAAAGAGUGGGACUGGAGUCUGGCAGUACCACAGGAAGAGCUGCUGUAUUGUUAACAGUCCUGCCAGUGCUGUUCUGAAUGCCAUAGAAUGUUAUCCAAAUGCACUCAUCACAUUAGUUUAAAGCAGCCUGGAUGCAGGGCCUAUCUGUGCUCUGGGUCACUGAGUCAUGUUGUGCUCAGUGGGAUGGGACUGAACCGUGAUAGCUUUUAGAUCAGGCCCGCUAGGAUGGCCAGGUGCCCAAUGCUGAGCUUGCUAUUAAAGUUGAUUUGAUUUUA